AUGUGUUCCCAAAGAAUUGAGAAGCUAGAGAAGGACUUCCAACGAAUGUAUCGCGAAAUGGAAUCACUGAAGGCGGAGAAAUCAUCAACUCGCACAGAGGAUCGCUCUAAGGAUGUGGUGAUUAUAACAAUAGGAAAUGGCGACAAGAAACGCUCAUUCAACCUCGAUCCUAAAUAUUUUGAAAGAGCAUGUGAGGCAGCUAUGCUACCAGCAAUGGUAAAAAAUUUAGCCUUGGCCCUCAUGCAGGUCCACGAACGCAGCACGGCUAAAUUUCGGAACAUAGAUACCAAGGACAAAAAUGCAAUGACGUCACUACUAAAGGACGUAAGGAAGAUUAGCAGACUAGUGCUGAAGAAGGUCGACGCCGGCUGCUCCCGGAAACCGGUUACGUAUAUUGUGCAGCAUGGGGAAAACAUCGCAGUGAAAAAUAGAAAUGUGCAGCAGGAUAAACUGACGAGCUCCGCUGAGGAAACACCGAACGAACGGAGAAAAAAUUUCACGGAAAGACUGAAUGAACCGGGAGUAUUGAAGUCGUGGGUAUCAGAUGGUCUUAAAAAUGACCGAAAAAGACAUUAA